AUGGCUGCCGAGAAUAGCAAGCAGUUUUGGAAGAGGAACGCCAAGCUGCCGGGGAGCAUCCAGCCUGUGUAUGGAGCACAGCACCCUCCUCUGGACCCUCGGCUCACCAAAAACUUCAUUAAAGAACGGUCAAAAGUCAACGCAGUUCCUCUGAAGAAUAAGAAGGCCUCCAGUUUCCAUGAGUUUGCCCGGAACACCAGUGAUGCGUGGGACAUUGGCGAUGAUGAGGAAGAGGACUUUUCCCCCCCUUCUUUCCAAACUCUGAACUCAAAAGUUGCUUUGGCAACUGCCGCUCAAGUCCUAGAAAACCACAGCAAGCUGAGGGUGAAACCAGAACGGUCCCAGUCAACAACAUCCGACAUUCCUGCCAACUACGUCAUAAAGUCCAGCAGUGAUGCCCAACUGUCCAGAAACUCCAGUGAUUCAUGCCUAAGGAAUGCACUCCACAAACAGCAGUCACUCCCCAUCCGACCCAUCAUCCCCCUCGUUGCCCGGAUCUCAGACCAGAAUGCUUCUGGGGCACCCCCAAUGACUGUCCGGGAGAAAACCCGCCUAGAAAAGUUCCGUCAGCUUCUCUCCAGCCACAACACUGACUUAGAUGAACUGAGGAAGUGUAGCUGGCCAGGUGUUCCCAGGGAGGUUCGACCUGUAACGUGGAGACUCUUGUCGGGCUAUCUCCCAGCCAACACCGAGAGGAGGAAGCUGACCCUGCAGAGGAAGCGGGAGGAAUAUUUUGGCUUCAUUGAGCAGUAUUACGAUUCUCGAAAUGAGGAACAUCACCAGGACACCUACAGACAGAUCCACAUUGACAUUCCAAGGACGAAUCCUCUCAUUCCAUUGUUCCAGCAGCCACUUGUACAGGAGAUCUUCGAAAGAAUUCUAUUUAUUUGGGCCAUCCGGCACCCUGCCAGUGGGUAUGUCCAGGGAAUUAAUGACCUGGUCACUCCGUUCUUUGUCGUCUUCCUCUCAGAACAUGUGGAAGAGGAUGUGGAGAACUUCGACGUGACCAAUUUGUCUCAGGACGUGCUGCGCAGCAUUGAAGCCGACAGCUUCUGGUGCAUGAGCAAGCUGCUGGACGGCAUCCAGGAUAACUACACCUUCGCACAACCAGGGAUCCAGAAGAAGGUCAAGGCGCUGGAAGAGCUGGUCAGCCGGAUUGAUGAGCAGGUACACAAUCACUUCAGGCGGUACGAGGUGGAAUACCUCCAGUUUGCCUUCCGUUGGAUGAACAACCUGCUUAUGCGGGAGCUUCCCCUUCGCUGCACCAUCCGCCUGUGGGACACAUACCAGUCUGAACCAGAGGGCUUCUCCCACUUCCAUCUCUACGUGUGUGCAGCUUUCUUGAUCAAGUGGAGGAAAGAGAUCUUGGAUGAGGAGGACUUCCAGGGUCUCCUCAUGCUGCUACAAAACCUGCCUACGAUACACUGGGGCAACGAAGAGAUCGGGCUGCUCCUCGCCGAGGCGUACCGGCUCAAGUACAUGUUUGCCGACGCCCCCAAUCACUACCGCCGAUAG